AUGUCAGAUUGGCAAGUUAACCCAGACCAUCGUAGACGUCUUCUACAACUUCAAAAGAUUGGUUCUAACAAAAGAUGUGUCGAUUGUAAUGCUCCAAAUCCACAAUGGGCUUCCCCUAAGUUUGGUAUCUUCAUUUGUUUGGAGUGUGCCGGUAUCCACAGAGGUUUAGGGGUCCAUAUUUCUUUUGUUAGAUCUAUUACUAUGGAUCAAUUUAAACCAGAUGAACUAGCUAGAAUGGAGAAAGGUGGUAAUCAACCAUUUAUUGAUUAUAUGACCACUCGUGGUAUUAGUAUGGACCUACCUCACAAAGUGAAGUACGAUAACCCUAUUGCUGAAGAUUAUAAAGAUAAAUUGUCUUGUGAAGUUGAUGAUAAGGAAUUUGUUGAGCCAGAGCAUCCAGAUUUUGAUCCUUCUAAGCUGUCUGCUAAUAAUAAUGGAACAUCUAUCACUGAAGAUGCAACAUCUAAUCAUGAUCAAAGCCGAUCUGAGACUCCUUUAGAGAACCGUCGUUCUAUAUCUCCAAACGCCAUGCAAAACCAAAAGGAAAAGAACGAACAAUAUUUUUCUGAGUUAGGUAAAAAAAACCAGUAUAAACCUGAACAUCUACCUCCAUCACAAGGUGGUAAAUAUCAAGGAUUCGGUAGUACACCAGUGAACUCAACUAAUAAUAACACUCAAUCAGCCGGUCCAAGCAACAAUACAGUGAACUUAGAAAAUUUACAGAAUGACCCUGUUGGAACUUUAUCUAAAGGUUGGGGUUUAUUCUCUGCUGCAGUUUCCAAAUCUAUAUCUGACGUUAAUGACUCGGUAAUUAAACCAGGUAUGGAACAAUGGCAAAGUGGUGAACUGUCAGAUGAGACAAAGAGAGCUGCCACUCAGUUUGGCCAAAAGUUCCAGGAAACAAGUAAUCAAGGUUUUGAAGCUUUUUCUUCCUUUACGAAAAAUCUACAAGAUCAAUACUAUUCAAAUGUUAAUUACUAUAUGGGUGAAGAAAAUGGCCCAAAUGGGGGCCCUGGUGGAGCAAACAAUAGCGGUACUGGCUAUAGUAAAUUGAACUCAAAUGACAAUGCACCAACUCAACAGAAGAAGGCCGAUAACAAUGAUGAAUGGGAUGAAUUUUAA